AUGGGAAGUUUAACCUUUUUACAAAAACAAAACCCCGCAUAUUGGAUGCGUCAAGCUUACAAUGACUUCAAAUCUCCGUACCUGGGAAUGUGGUUGUUUUGGCGGCCCGCGUUGGUGAUUAACAGCCCCGAAAUAAUUAAAAGGAUCUUGGUCAAGGACUCUGAUAACUUUAGGAACAGAUUUAUGAGCUCCGGCAAGACUGACCCCAUGGGAUCUAUGAGUAUCCUACUUAUUAAAGAUCCUGCGUGGACUUCAUUGAGGCGUCGCCUUACACCAAUAUUUUCUGCCGCUAAAUUGAAAAAACACUACAAAAUUGUACAAGUUAAAAGUACUGACUUCAUACAGCGCAUCAAAGAAUUGUCCGCCAAGAAAAUCUACUUUAAUCUUAGGACUCUUUCUGCAGACUACACUACGGAUGUGAUAGGAGAGUCCGCAUUUGGUAUGGUCAGCGAGUCAGCUAAAACUGGUGACAGUCUUAUGAGAGGGAUUGCAAGGGAAUUCAUGGCCUUUAACAUCCAAAGAGGAUUGAGCUGGUCGAGCAUAUUCUUCUUACCAGAGGUCGUUGAUAUUUUCAGAUUCUCAUUCUUACCCAAGGAUACUUUAAGGCGGUUACGAAUUAUUUUCCGCUCCAUCGUCGAGCAGAGAGGAGGAUUUGACAAAAAGAUUGACGAGCCCCAAGAUCUUUUGGAUGCUUUACUGAAAAUAAAACAAGAAGCUGAUGAGGAUGGAGAAGAAAUUAGCGAAGAUUUUCUUCUUGCCCAAGCAUCUGUAUUUCUUCUUGCGGGUUUUGAUACGUCUGGUUCUGCUAUGAGCUGGGUUCUUUAUACACUGGCCUGGCACCCACACUGUCAGGAAAAAAUAUACGAAGAGAUAAUUGCCGUUAAAAACAAGCAUGGUGUUCAAGAUUUGGACGCAAACACCCUGUCGGAGCUCGUUUACCUCAACUGCGUCAUUAAAGAGACCCUUAGACUCUUUCCACCGAUGGGCUGGUUGGAUCGUGUAGCUACAAAGGAUUACAAGAUUGAUGAAAAAGUAACCAUUCCCGCUGGUACACCAGUUUAUUUAAACGCCGUGGCUACGCAAAUGGACCCGCAGUACUUUCCUGAUCCCCUGGUAUUUAACCCUGAUAGGUUUAUGCCCGAGAAUGAGAGGAAUAUAACGCCUUUUACAUAUUUACCUUUUGGUGAAGGACCUCGAAGUUGCAUAGGUACGCGCUUCGCUUUCCAAGCUUUAAAACAACCUAUAGCAUCAAUAAUCUUAACAUUUAAGAUUGAAACACUCCCUGAUACACCCAGCCCCAUCGACGUUCAGGUGGAGAAUCAUGGAUUGUUCUUGAUGCCGUUGGAUGAGAACAUGAAAGUUAAAUUUGUACCUAGAGAUUUGGAGUAA